AUGUCACUAAAACCCUCCCCUGGUGGAAUAGGAGACGAGGAUCGCAGGGUGUUCAGACUCAUCAAGAUAUUGGCUAGUGAAGGUCGUCAUGCCCUUCACUUUGUAUUCAAGUGGGGAUGCAAGAAAAAAUCCACAGAGUCAAUAGGAGACUACUUAAAAAAUGAGAAAAAAAUGACCAAUAAGGAUUACAAAAAUAGAUUUGACACUAUGAUGCAGAAAACAAUCAAUAAGGAUCCUUCUGGAGAGUCUUAUGAUGUUAGCCUUAUUUUUGCUUGCAUCAAGUGGGGUUGUGAUCAGCUUGCAGAAGCAAAUGUUAAAUGGCUGGAAGGGCAAGAAAACUUGGAAUCCCUCUGCACAAAAGUUAAAAAUAUGAGGAAUCGACUGUUUCAUGGGGAGGAAGUACCUAAUGAUGCUGUUAUGAAUGAAAAGUGCAAAGACAUUACAGAAGUAUUAAAGAAUGUAGUUAACAAAGCUGGGAGUAAGUAUGGAGUGUCUGAUGAUGAAGUUAAAAGUACUCUCAAGGAAAUAAAUACCCAGGUCUGUCAUAUUAUGACCGCACGCCUAGGAGACAAAGAUAUUAAUGCACUGUUAAAAUUUAGAGAAGAACGGAAGAAAUCCAUUCUUAAAAUUGGAAGAGAGGAGUUGUCAGAGCAAUAUAAAGAUAGAUCAAAGAUUGAUCCAGCAUCCUUUGUGACAGGGAAGGAACGGCUGGAUGUUAAAAAUGUGUUUACUAAGCUUGAAGUCAUAUGUGAGAACAAGCAAGAAACUCAUGAAAUGGGAUACAAGGAGCUGCUUGAGGUGAAGACUGAACUUGAGGAGAAGCCAACAGUCAUAAUAGUGGAAGGUGAUGCAGGAGCUGGCAAAACCACUUUAACAAAACUGAUCCUGUCAGACUGGGCUGCUGAAAAAUCCACCAUUUUUAAAGGUCUUGAAGACUAUGACUUGGUUUUCCGGGCUGAAGGAAAAAAAAGGAUCUCCUCUUACUUAGGGCUAAUUCAGGGCCUCCUGCCAACAGCUUCAUACAAAUUUGAUGAUGCUGACCUAGUUAGGUCUGUACUUCAGCUGAAGGUCUUGCUUGUCAUGGAUGGCUUUGAUGAACUAAAUACAGACUCUGAGAAGCUUAUCAAAGAACUAUUAGACCAACAAAUACCAAGUAGCAAAGGUCACUUGCAACUCCUGAUCACCACAAGGCCCAGCAAGCUCUCUGACCUUUGCAAUGUUCUUGGUGCACACACUAAGAAGAUUCAAACAAAGCUAAAAGGAAUAUCUUUGGAAAACAGAGUGGAAUUUGUAUCAAAAUUACACGAUGAAAUGAUCAAAUGACCUC